AUGGCAGCUAAUACACAAGGUAUGGAUGAACAUGGCAAUACCAAAUUACCAGCUCAAGCAGCUGCUGAAGGUACACUUGCACCUGGAAAGGAGGCAGUUGUUGAACAUAUGUUAGCAAAAAAUCCACCCUCAACUAGCAAUUUGAAUGGUAUGAAUUCACAUGGUGAUACAGUCGUUCCAGAAAAAGCAGCUGAGGCAAAUCUUGAUCGUCAUGUACAUGGUUUACAUCCAACAUCAUCAGCUGAAUAG